AUGACGACGUUCCGAAGGGAAAUGUGGAGCCGCGCAGCUGCAGCUGCUUCAGAAGAGGAAAGGCAGGAAGAGGAACUACAAGGAGGGGAGAGGCAGGGGGAGGUGAGGCAGGGGGAAGGAAUGCGGGGAGAAGGGAGGCCGGGAGAGGGGCUCGCGGUGAGGGACGGUGACAGGAGAGACGCUGAGACGGACGGGAGCGGAAGGGAGGCUGAAAGAAGGGGAGAAGGAAGAAGGGAGGCGUCUGAAAGAACGGGAGGGAUGCAAGGCGUGGUGGUGAACAGAGGCCGAGGGAGCAUCGUCAUCCCAGCAGAGCGCUGGCAGUACGUGCAGCAGCAGCUGGCGAUCAUUCGCAGCCAAAUACCACCACCGGCGUUCAAAUCGGGGCCAGCACAACAGCAGUCAGCGUGGCGGAAAGCAACGCCAUCAGCACCAUCAUUAGUAAAUGCAGGAAAGUCUGCGGCAGGGGAAACGCCCCUAGGGAGGUACAGCACUCGAGAGGAUUCUCUUCACAGCAAACCAAUACUUUCUUGGCCCCAAAAACCAGUGCUAAUCAUACCCGUAACGGGGAACACAGAACCGCUGAUAACCGCGCAGGGGGAGGAUGCAGUGAAUCUGGACAAGGGCGGCGAGGAGCAGCGCACAGACGAGUGGUACGCUCUCAGAGCCAACCGGCUGACAGCCAGCGCGUUUGAGAAGGCUGUGGGGUUCUUUCCAGGGGGCCGGCAGCAGCUGUGGGAAGAAAAGCUGGGGCUGAGAGCGCCGUUUGCCGGGAAUGAUGCGACCGCGUGGGGCCAGGGGAAGGAGGAGGAGGCGCUGAUGGAGUAUGAGCGGCUGACAGGCGGACACGUGGAGCAUAGGUCAUUCCAGGUGUACAGGGAUGCUGACCCAACUUUCUCCUGGCUCGGUGCAUCCCCCGACGGUCUUCUCCCCUCCGACCCUCUCUCACUGCACUCCUCUCCCCACUCGCCUGGCGUCCUCGAAAUCAAGUGCCCCUGGAACCGCGGUUUACCACUCUCAGCCGCUCCUUACCCCUCCGUACCGCACUACUACAUGCCCCAAAUCCAAGGCCUGCUAGAAAUAUUCGACCGCGAUUGGUUGGAUUUUUUCGUGUGGACGAAAAUGGGCGGCAGUGCACUGUUCAGGGUGGAAAGGGACAAGAAGUACUGGGAGUUACUGUUCACGGCGUUAGAGGAGUUCUGGUGGGUGCAUUUGGUGCCUGCCAAGGAAGCCUUGACACAAGGGCAAAAGGAGGAGGAUGUGAGGGGGAGGUUUUAUCCAGGGCAGGCACAUGUGCUGAUGAGGGAGAUAAAGACGAGAAGCGAGCAAAUCUCGAAGGGGUGCAGAGUGGUUCUGAGGAGUGAUGCAGUAAAGUAA